UGAAUAUUUGUUUGACAUUAAAUUUCUCAUCGAUUUGACUUGUUUGACGGCUGUGUAUAUUUUAAGCGAAAAAAAUAUAUUUUCGUAAACUGAUUUGUGCCAAGUAAAUUUGAAGAAUUAAAGUGUUCUAACGAUAAUGAGUAAUUACCGAGGAAUUGGGGGUGGAGGCUUUCCAUAUAAAGUGAAUCAGAACCGCAAUGUUGGGGCAUCUAUGAACGCAGUGCCUCCACCUUCUUCGCUUAAUAAUCGUGGACCUCAGAGAGGGGGUGGUGCCGCGCGUGGCGCCGCUGGAACCACUGGAGCUACUAAGUACGGUUAUACAUCACUGGAUUCGAUAAGUCAGUUCACAGCUUCUCAAAAUCUCAUUGGUAAACGCAAAGCACAUACAGAAGAUGAAUAUUUUGAUGAUGAUGAGGAGCAAACCCCGGAACAAGCCUAUAUUCCUGCACCAGGCUCACCCGGCUAUGUGAAUAAAAACAAGGCAGAUAGUGAUUCCGAUGAAGAUCCACUUGAUCAGUUUAUGGCUGGCAUUGAACAGCAAGUACAGAAGGAAAAAGUUCGAAAAGAACAUGCAGUAGUUUCUCCAGUCGAAGAAAUUCCCGGACCAAAGAAUGCGAAGGGCGUGCGCGGAGAUAUAGAUGACGAGGACGACGAAGAAAGUUAUUAUCGGUACAUGGAGGAAAACCCUAAUGCAGGCCUUCGUGAUGAUGGUUCCGAUAUCGAAAUAGAAUAUGACGAAGAUGGCAAUCCAAUAGCGCCACCCAAAAAGAAAGACAUUGACCCCUUACCACCUAUAUACCACUCAGAAAUUGAAUAUGAGUCAUUUGAAAAGAAUUUCUACACGCAACAUGAAGAAAUUUCAAAUCUGUCAGAAGAUCAGGUUCGAGAGCUGCGGAAAACGUUGGGCGUCAAAGUAACUGGGCCAGAACCACCAAAACCAGUGUCCUCAUUUGCGCAUUUUGGUUUCGAUGAAAGCCUAAUGAAGUCAAUACGCCGAGCAGAAUAUACCCAACCGACGCCCAUACAAGCGCAGGCAGUGCCUACAGCUCUAGCUGGGCGCGACAUUAUAGGCAUUGCAAAAACCGGUUCUGGUAAGACUGCAGCUUUUGUUUGGCCAAUGCUUGUGCACAUAAUGGAUCAACGUGAGCUGCGCACAGGUGAUGGUCCCAUUGGUCUAAUUCUAGCACCCACGCGUGAAUUAUCGCUUCAAAUAUACAAUGAAGCUAAAAAAUUCGGAAAGGUCUACAAUAUCAAUGUGGUAUGUUGUUAUGGAGGUGGCUCAAAAUGGGAGCAAAGUAAAGCACUUGAACAGGGUGCCGAGAUUGUUGUGGCUACGCCUGGUCGAAUGAUCGAUAUGGUAAAAAUGAAAGCGACAAAUUUGCGUAGGGUGACAUUUCUAGUGCUAGAUGAGGCAGAUCGCAUGUUCCACAUGGGUUUUGAGCCGCAGGUUCGGUCCAUCUGCAAUCACGUGCGUCCUGAUCGUCAAACAUUGCUAUUUUCGGCCACAUUCAAAAAGCGUAUCGAACGUUUGGCACGCGAUGUACUCACCGAUCCCGUGCGCAUCGUGCAAGGCGACCUCAAUGAAGCCAACCAAGACAUUACACAGUACGUUUAUGUGUUCCCCAAUCCACUGCAGAAGUGGAACUGGCUGCUCUGUCAUUUGGUUAAGUUCCUAUCGGAAGGCAGUGUAUUGGUGUUUGUCACCAAAAAAGCGGAUGCCGAGACUGUGGCCAACAACCUAAUGGUGAAAGAAUACAACUGUUUGCUUCUGCACGGUGAUCUAGAUCAAGCUGAUCGUAACAAAGUCAUAACACAAUUUAAGAAAAAAGAAUGCGACAUACUAGUUGCCACCGAUGUGGCUGCACGUGGCUUGGAUAUACCACAUAUACGCAACGUUAUUAAUUACGAUAUUGCACGCGACAUUGACACACAUACGCACCGCAUUGGUCGUACGGGGCGUGCGGGUGAAAAAGGUACAGCCUACACCUUGGUUACCGACAAAGACAAAGAGUUCGCCGGUCAUCUGGUGCGCAAUCUAGAGGGUGCCGAUCAACAAGUACCUGACGACUUAAUGGAAUUGGCCAUGAAGAGCUCGUGGUUCCGCAGUUCGCGCUUUAAACAAGGCAAGGGCAAGAAAAUUGCCAUUGGUGGCACCGGUUUAGGUUAUCGUGAACGCAGUAGCGGCAGCAGCAGCAUAAAAUCGAAUUCGGCAAAUGAGUCCUCCUCAUUCGCAUCCAUAAAUAAGUCGAUAUCGGCUGCGGGUCCAGCCACCGAUCGCUACGCGGCCAUGCGCGAGGCAUACAAAGCACAAUAUAUGUCGCAAUUUCGGGCUUCCACUGAUCGCACAUGGGAAAAGACUGUGCCCGAGGCAGGCGUUUUCGCAGCACCGGCGCCUGUGUUGCCCUCAAUGCAGCCAACGUCCUCAACGUCGAGUGGCAAUGCAGGUGCUGGUGAUGACAGUGGAAAACCACGCAAGAAGAAGAGUCGUUGGAACUAAAACUGGUGCGAAAGCGAUUUAGCACCAAUUGCAUAUAAAUAUUCGUACUUGGCAUAAAGAGAUUGAUUGAAGAGUUGGCACCCGCUGGAAUUACAUUUAAAUCAUUUUGCACAUUCACAUUUUUGCAAAGUAAAGCUAAAUACAUUCAAAUAAAAAAAUAAUUCAUUAUAAAAUAGCUGUUAUUUGUUGCGCAAAGCAGCAGCGCCCUGCUCUUUUGGUGUCCUAUGUAUUUAUUCUUUGUUGGCAUAACAAUAAUUAUGUGUACGCAGCAAGCUGUAAACAGUCAAUCCGGACACUAAAGAAUAAAUGUCAACUAUUCAACGGAUGUGCAUUAGUGUGUGUAUAUAUUUAAUAAUGCUGUUAAUGAUUACCGCGUGUGAUUUGUGUCUAAUUGCAUUUAUAAGCAACCACUUUCUACAUACCUUACGCUGUAAUGCCAAUAAAGUUUGGAGUAUAGAAAAAUGCA